AAAAGACACUGGCAACGAAAAAACAAAUACAACAAAACACGGUGAAAGUAAUGAGAGCGAGUGGCAGGGGAGUGUUGGAGGUGGAGGAGCUUCGGGGGUGAAGACAUUACAGCGGGCGAGUGAGAACAGGAGCCGGGUCUGUUCUCUGGAGCCGGCUAAUUGAGCUGGGAUGAGUGACAGCGGACGCAGGUACAGGUACUGUGUCUGAGUCGACGUUCUUCCCCCUCUUCCAUGUGGAUGACUGUGAACAAAGGGGCAGACUCUUUUUCCCCUAAUCAGGCUAAUGGAGUGGGAAGCAGGCGGGUGGCUGAAGGAGAUGGGCAGCGACAGGCAGGAAGAAGGGCCUCCAGCGGGGGGGGAGUCAAGAGAGAGAGACUGAGGGGAGGAGGAGGAGGAGGUUCUCGAUUGGAGGAACACAGGGUGAUAGUAGAAAAGGCGCUUGGCUCGUCCUGUCAGAUCCAUUAGCAGGAGGUUCAGGUGUGGUGACAAGUGGCAGGGUUCCUGUUGUGUGACUGAAACACUGAUACCACACAUCACGAGCUGCAGCCGUGUCACUGGACACAUUUAAUACGUUUGAGUUUGCUUGUGCGACUCACAGCCGAGGUGAUGCUGCGAAGGACGAAGUCACAGUGGAGGCCUGGACUGGUGCUCUGCUGGUUCCUGCUCUGCGUCUCUCUCCAGCCGGACGGCCUCCACCUGCGCGGGGCGUCGGCCGUCAACCUGCGGCGCUUCAUCGGCUGCGCGGUCCGGGAGUUCACCUUCCUGGCCAAGAAGCCCGGCUGCAGGGGCAUGCACAUCACCAACGACGCCUGCUGGGGGCGCUGCGAGACCUGGGAGGGAGGUCGGGACGCAGCAGCGGAGAAGCCCGUCGUGGAGCCUCCCUACAUCGAGUCCCACCAGCGGGUCUGCACCUACAACGAGACCCGGCUGGUCACCGUCAAACUGCCCCACUGCCAGUCCAGCGUGGACCCGACCUACACCUACCCUGUGGCCCUGAGGUGCGACUGCGGCGUGUGUCUGACCAGCACCACGGAAUGUUUAACCUUCGUCUGACACAAUCUCUGUUACGUACACGUUUGCUUUUAAUAACUGCUGCAUAAAUCACAAUGUACCGACGCUGUACUUCAAAUAUUCAAACCACAUCCUGAUACUGUAACGAAUUCAAUCUACGCCACUAAAGUUUGUCAGUGAGCAGGGUCAGGUCAGAUUACUCAGUUACUGACUACAAAUUACAUGUCAUGUGGGCCCAACUGCAAAAUUUGGAGUUGCACAAAUUUACUCGUUAAAUCUCUUUAAACAUCGAAAAACAUUGUCAAUGCAAAUAACAAUUACUUUGCAUAUUCAGCAUUGGUUAUUAUAGAGAUACAUAUGUAUUUAUCCUGAUUUUUAAACAUUACCAUAUUUGAAAGACAAUCAAAAUGACAGUUUGGUUUAAAACUGUUAAAGUGACAUGACAAUGUAAUCUGAUUCAAUUUUUUCAAAUGUAAUCUGGUUUGAUUAUUGUUACUUAUUUUUUGUAAUCUGACAACGUAAUCCAGAUAACAUGAAUCCAUUGCUACCCAACCCUGAGGACUGGUUGUUUCACUGCCUGUUAAAAUAAUAUAAAAUAUUCAGAAGACUUCUGUUACAAAUCUGCAGGAAAAUUAAGUAAAUGUAGUUUUAUUGUUCGUGUUUGUUUUCCAUAUUUCCAGGUUUUAAAUCUUUCCUAUGUUCUGCAUCAAAUCCCAACAGUGGCAAAUAAUAUAAUCUUUAAUCCAUUAAACUCUCAACAGUUUAGUAAAAAA